AUGAGUGGUGCUUCUGUUGACGUUGUCAGCCUCAGGUCAUCCUUCAAUGGCAGCAGAGUCCCCAACCAAGGUUUCAUGGAGGAAUCAGACGUGCAGGAACAGUUGAGCAGACUGCAUGAGGAGCUGCGGAAGGAGAGAGAGGAGAAGGCACGUGCCCUAGAUGAGAUACAAGAGCUCAGGACGACGAACAAGAAUAGUAGGAACAAAAAAUUGAAGAGCAAUGGAGGCGAAGAGCAGUCGGACCUUGCAGACAGGUUACAGCACCUGGAAGGCGAACUGGAGGCAGCAAGAGAUUCAGAGAAGAAGAUGCUGCUGUCUUUGGAGGCCCAAACAGAGCAGCUUGAGCAGACCAAGGUAUCUCUGGAGGAGGCCAAGAUUGAGAUAGCUUCGCUACGAGACAGCACCAACAGCUCUAAUCCGGGUAGGCAGAUGUUCAGGAAUUUCAGGAGAAGGGGUAUGAUGUCAUUCUCCUUUGCCGACCCUGGAGAGGUUGAGACAUGGUCGCUACAGCGUGAGCUCAAGUUAGCUGUGGAAUCUGAGGAGAAGUGCAAGAAGGCCAUGGAUGACUUGGCCAUAGCCUUGAAUGAACAAACUACAGAGGCCAGAGAAACAAAAGCGAAGCUUUCAUUGGUGCAAGCUGAGUUGAAUAAUGCAAGGGUCGAAGUGGAGAGCUUGAAGGCCUCGCUAGAAAGCACAGAGGGCAAGCUGCAGUUGGCACUGGAAGAGGCAGAGCGACUAAAAGUUGAGUCAGAUGAAUUGGCAGCGGCGUCAAAAGAAAAAGAGAGGGGCCUCGUUGAUUGCAUCAAGCUGUUUGAGGAGGACCUAAGUAAAGGAAAGGAAGAGAAUGAUAAGCUGAUUGAAUCACAGAGGGUGGUCAGAGAUGAGAAUUCUCGGCUGAGGGAGAUGCUUAAGCACGUGGUGGGCGAAGCUAACGUAGCAAGGGAAUCACUGGAGAUUGCCAGAGUGGAGAACUCUCGCCUUAAUGAACAGAUAUUUGAGAAAGAGAGUAUCUUGCAGAGUAUCAAGCAAGAAUAUGAAUCCCUCAAGAUCAGUGAGGCUGUGGCACAUAGUAGCAUUAAAGAAUUGAAGGAUAUGAUUGAUGCUAUGUUCAGUUCCGAAUCGACCAAAACGUCAGCAACAGCAUCACCUCGUGAUGCCAAGGGAAGCAAGGUGAAAGAAAAUUCUGUGCCAGCAGAUGAUGUGUAUUCUGAUGUCGAAAGAUCUACUCAACCAGACGACAUCAAAAACCCUGGAAAGCAGAAAAAGAAGACAAUUCUCAGAAGAUUUGGUGAAAUAAUGAAGAAAAGAAACUCUUAA